UGAAAGUUCACGCCGGUGCCUGUCUUAUUUGCUGGCGGAAUUGAUACAGUCGAGAGAGAGAAAGAGGGGCAUUUCCACCUGGUCUUCCCCCCCCCCGCCCCGCCCUCCAUGGCGACUCGCUGGCUCCGGGAAAUUUGGCAACUGGGAGUGCGGGGAGGGCUGAGACCGAGGGCGACCGCGGCUGGCUGUUCCAGGUAUAUGCCAUGCUGUGGAAAUCUGGUGAUCCGAGACCCUCAUACUAUCAGCAGUCUUGAUUGGGAUCUCAGUGGUCAGCACAGCCGGACAUUUAUCAGCUUUACAGGACCUUUCAUCAACAAACGGAAGGAAUAUUCAGAGAGGAGGAUCAUUGGCUAUUCCAUGCAGGAAAUGUAUGGUGUUGUGGCCAAUGUGAAUGAAUAUAAGGAAUUUGUUCCAUGGUGUAAAAAAUCAACUGUGGUCUCUAAGCGAGCAGGUCACGUGAAGGCUCAGCUGGAAGUUGGAUUCCCUCCUGUUGUGGAACGUUACACUUCUAUCGUGACACUGGUGCAACCCCACUUGGUAAAGGCAGUCUGCACUGAUGGGAAGCUUUUCAAUCAUUUGGAGACAAGCUGGCGUUUCAGUCCUGGCAUUCCAGGUUAUCCUCGCACGUGCACCCUGGACUUCGCAAUCUCUUUUGAAUUUCGUUCUCUGCUGCACUCGCAGUUGGCUACAGUUUUUUUCGAUGAGGUAGUAAAGCAGAUGGUGGCAGCCUUUGAGCGCCGGGCAGCGAAGACUUAUGGCCCCGAGACCCACAUUCCUCAAGAACUCAUGUUCCACAAAGUGCACCAGACGUGAAGAGUGCCUGCUGCUUUGGUCACCAUGCGGACACUUGAAGCUGGGUGUUUGCUUGCAGCAUCCCCAGCUGUUUGUUUUUAUCUUAUUUAUUUGGUUUCUCCUGAUAUCCUGUUUAAUUUAUCCACUGGGCCUGGUGUGAUGACCAAGACUUAUUCCUAAGGAAAAGGUCAGAGUGCCAUGCUACCUCUGGAGCAACGUCUCAGUCUUCACUUUUGUUUUACUCGACCGGGCUUUUAUGCUCUGUCUUUUCUUUUUAGCAUACUUUAUUUGAAGCUUCUUUCUAUGAACCAUAUCACUGUGGCUGCCUUAGGUUGUAGUUUGUGCUGUUCCUUGACUUCUUGAGAAAGAGGUAGCAAAAACUCAUUAAGUUCUCUCAGUGGGCCUAAGGAAGACCAGUUGAAAAUUGUGCCUCUUAAAACAUAUUUUAAAGGAAAAUAACUUAACAGCCCGCUUCUUGAUAAAAGAGAAUGGCCUACAGUUGUUGCCCUAUGGGUGGCUUUGGCAGUCGUUGAUACAUUGGGUUCUUCUGCCUUUCCUUUUCAUCAUUGGGUUAGGUGAGAAAGAAAUGGCAGCCACUUAGCUGUUCAGUGAGUGCCUUUUUGAGGGAAUGAUGGGGGCCAAAGAAAGGCUUUCUUUUGGGGUUGGGAUUAUUUUAGAAAACAGAUGUUGCUCUUAAUAAAAGUAUUUGGAGAUAGGAAAGAAUGUGAGGGGGAAAGAGAGUGGUCCUUCCUAUUGCAGGUCCACUGAAGCUUUCUUUAAUGUCCAGCUUGUAACGUCCAGCCUUCCAAGACGAUUUUAUACCAGUUUCAAAACUCAAAUGUUACCCUACCAGCGGAUGUUUUGAUUUACAAGCACUUCAGAAGUUCAGCAGCCAGGAUAUUUUGGGAGUAAUUAAAUCAGCAAAGCCACUCGGUGACCUAACUAGCUGUUUCAGUUUACUCAGUUCUACCUCUGUAUGCUGCUCUGCAAGACGAGUCUGGAAAACGGCAUUAGCAGGCCGAGAGCUUCUGCUUUGAAGAAACAGUUCCCGUCUCUUCAAAACUACGGUUUGUCUUCCAUCAUAUAUUUCUGUUCCAUGAGUGGCUGUAUCCAUUGAGGGUCAGUGAAGAUGAAGCUUCCAGGGUGAAUGUGAGAGAGGAGCAAAUUAAGCAUCACGUCUCCGGACAGUUUGUGGGAAGAAAUUUAGCUGGAAUCUUCAGUGAACCAGCUCCAAGCAUGAAACAACUCAAUUCCUGGCUGCUGUACUUGCCUAUAUCCCCAAUAUGGGUAUAUCCCAAACCCUCCCUUUUCCCACUCCAUCAACACUAAUUUUGCAUUGCCUAGCUUGGUGUAAACCCUCCCGUCUCCUUUCUAGUUACCCAAGGAAAUUUUAUUUUUGUUAAAAGCACUAUUUGCACAAACCACGUGGGUGCAGGAUUGCCAAGGCUAGUAAGAGAGUGCCACUUUCUGGCUAGGUUUCUGUGGAGGGACUGAACAAGCUCUUGCUAGUGUCUCCUUUACACCCUGUAGGCUUGGGCUCAUCCUAAGUGUGAUGCUAAAAAUUCUGGGGUGGGUGUGAAUGUGCAGUUUGGUGACGAUGCAACUUUGGGGAAGUGUGAGAGAAACACUAGUGGAUCAAUAUGUGUAUUUUUAUGGAAAGGGCUGGGUAUCCAUGUAAACUCAUAAAAUGAAUAAAUGUUUUGGGGGGUGGGUGGAGGUCUAAACUAAUAUGCCUAAAAGUUAGGCCCUGCUUCAAUGUGCCACAGGUUAGCAAUCUCCCCCUUGGUUGUGCAUUUUGAGAAGUCUUUGCCUGGGGAGUGUUUACAGGGUGGGAUGAAGCAAAUAUUCUGUUGAAGGAAUGGCUCAGCAGAGAUAUGUGACUGCAGUGAUUUUUCUCAGAACUUUCUCCUUGGGAUCAGAAUCUCCAUACUUAACUUUGUCAUAAAUAAAAGCCUAUCAGAUCUGAGUCAUGAGGAGUGAGUAAUGCAUAGAUCCAGAGGGAGAUAGAGCAUUACUUGGGGUGCCUGUCAUGAAGCAGAUUUCCUUUGAUGUAUGAGUGUAAAAUCGGCCUGGGCUGCUUCCCUCUGUUGCCAAAUUCUGGAAGGAAUUGCUUGCUACAAAGCAGCUUGGCUUUGAGGCAAUUCCCAUGAAUCAGUCGGCUGCCACUUCUUUUCCUGGGUUUUGAGUGUUGUGGCUCCACUGUCAGGGCAGAGUUCUGUGGAUCUGGCCCUAUAAUGGCUACCUUUUUCUCAGCAAAUUCCCAGCUAUCAUCAUUCAUAUUUAAAUAUGCUCCUCUUUCCUUCCGCUCUCCCAAACUCAUCAACUGCUUAAUUCCUGUAAAAUGCUUUGAGGUCGUUGACUUGCUCUUUAUCUUAGUUUGUCGUCGUGUACUCUGCAUGACAAGCUUCCAAGCAGAGGGCACAGCCUGCAGUAGUCUUUUCUUAAGCCUCAGACAAGGCAAGAUUGUGUUUGUGCUUUUAAAUUAGGCUGCCCGGAAUGCUGGCCUGAACAAGUAUCAUUUCUCCCCCACCCCACCCUU